ACACAAUAUGAAUCCAGCUGAAUGGUGGGUGCAUUUUGGCGGAUCCGCGAGAAAUCUAAAGCGGAUAGCUAUCCGGAUCCUCUCCCAAACAGUCUCCUCUAGUGGAUGUGAGCGCAAUUGGUCCACCUUCGUCCUUAUCCAUAGCAAACAAAGAAACCGUUUGAUGCAAAAGCGCCUCAACGACCUUAUUUAUGUGCAUUACAAUUUGCGGUUGAGGCUAAAGUGCAUCCAGGAGGAAGUGGAGCUCAAGUAUACAAAUCCGAUUUACGGAUCCUUCACCGCUGAUGACGAUGAUCCACUACUCGGCUGGCUUGUAGGCCAGCAGCAGGAGCCCGAGCUUGACGAGCCAGGAUCGCCUCCACAACCAGCUACCUUCAUAGCCACCGAACUGGGGUCGAUCCAGAGCAAUGGGCUGAGCGCAAUAUUCCACGCACUUUCAGAGCUGAUCAACCGCAGAACAAUUCUUGUGGGAAGUAUUUUUUAUGGUGUUUUUGUCAACCGGAUUAUAAAGAAAAUUUUGCAACCCAUGGAUGCAAAAACUGGACAGAGUAAUUUGGAUGAGUCUAGCUAUGACCAAAUGUAG